AAAUUGGCGCCAAAAUACUUCACAGAGAUAAUAGAACAAUGAAGAUCCAGCAUAAGUCGGUACAAUGUACAGAUUGAUGUAAAUAAAAGGAGCAUGAUAUAAAUACGGGUAGAAUGAUUCAACGGAUAUCAUUUGGAAAAUUAUUACCUUAUUUACCAAAAUGUUAUCGGAUAAACCAGUAUAACCAAAUUUCAAACAAUGCAACAAGAGAUGAAGGUAAUAUAUCUGACACGUUACAUACAGAAGAAUCAUUAAAAGAUGUUUGUGAUAAUGAAAAUGAAUUGAAUGAAGAAAAGGUGUCACAACUGCUCAAAGAAUCUGCAACAUUCACUGAUGCUACAGAUAAAAGUUGGUCUACGACUCCAUAUCCUAAAGAUAUUGUAACUAAACAAAAUGAGGAAAGAAAAGAAAUUGAUCCAACGACAAAGUCUGUAUUUCUAUUCCCUGGACAGGGUACGAUUAAAGUUGGCAUGAUAAAAAAAUACAUAAAGUUUCCUGUUACUAAAGAACUUUUCAAAAUAGCCAAUGAAAUUAUUAAUUAUGAUUUAUUAAAUCUCUGUAUGAAUGGACCUCAACAAAAAUUAAAUAGAACUGAAUAUAAUCAAAUUUGUACAGUAGUUUCAUCUUUAGCAGCAUUAGAAAAGGUUCGUGAAGAAUCGCCUGAAGCAUUUGAAAAUUGUAUUGCCACAGCAGGCUAUAGCGUAGGAGAAAUAACUGCUUUAAUCUUUUCUGGUGCUAUAACAUUUGAAGAUGGAAUAAGAUUAGUAUGGGCUAGAGGAAAAGCUAUGCAAGCAGCUUCUGAUAAAGUACCUCAAGGAAUGGUGUCUGUAUUUUGUGAUAUAAAUGCAAGACUUUCAGAGGCUUGUACAAAUGCAGAAAAGUGGGCACUAGAUCUAGGUGUUGAGCAACCUACGUGUAGAACUGCUAUUUUUUUAUGCACACAAAGAAAGAUACUGGCAGGAAGUGAAGAAGCAUUAAAGUAUAUUAAAUUACACCAUGCUAAGUAUGGUUUAAGUAAUGUAAAUCAAUUGCCAGUAUCAGGAGCUUUCCAUACACGACUAAUGGAACCAGCAUUAGAAUCAGUUUUCCAAGCCUUAAAAUCAAUAGAAGUACAUGAACCUAGGUGUAAAGUAUAUUCCAAUGUUACAACAACACCAUAUUCAAAUUUACGUUAUAUGAAAAAAUGGAUUAUGAAACAAAUUGUUUCACCAGUUAAGUGGGAACAAUGUAUGCAGAAAAUAUACAGUAGACCUGAUGGAGUAGCAUUUCCACAGACAUAUGAUGUGGGGUCAGAAGGACGAAUGAAAUCUAUUUUAAAUUUAAUCAAUGCAAAAGCAUGUAAAUCAUGUGUUGUUAUUUGAUUUAUUAUUUAAAAUUUGAUACAAAUAAAAAGUUGAUGAACAAUUUUC